AUGUUGUUAUCUAACAAAUGUUCUAAUAAAUGUAUUUAUUUGGGUUUGAGCACAUUCAGAAAUAAAUAUUAUCCUCGAUAUCAUAAAGAUAAUCUCCGUCUACAAGGAACGAAAUCAUUGGAGAGGCUAUUUUCUUAAGGAGCAAUGGAACAUAUUUUCUCAU